AUGAGAAUGAUUCCUUCCAAUUUCACCAACCCACUGCACUCUCUCUUCAAAAGCACAAUCACAAUCCUUUGAAGAAAGGGUUCAGAAAUGGGUUUAUACUCGAGCAUGAUGGACGUGAUUACCUCGUACACGGGUCUUUCUCCCGCUGCGUUUUUCACCAUCCUCGCUAUGAUGAUUGUCGUUUACAGAACCGUUAGUGGAAUGUUUGUGUCCCCCGAAGACUACAACAAACCCCCAGUCGUUUCGGCCCGUACUGAUCCUCGGUUCGUCGAUUCCGAACCGGCGCGCGAACCGGUCCAAUUGGGCCAAGUCACGGACCGGGAAUUGCGAUCCUAUAAUGGUUCCGACCCUAACAAACCGCUCUUAAUGGCAAUCAAAGGCCAGAUCUAUGACGUGUCCUCUGGCAGGAAUUUUUAUGGUCCCGGAGGACCUUAUGCAAUGUUUGCAGGAAAGGAAUGUAGCAGAGCCCUUGCACUUCUGUCUUUUAAACCAGAAGAUAUUAAUGGGAACAUCGAAGGUUUGGAUGAGUCAGAGCUUGCAAUUUUAGAGGAUUGGGAAUACAAAUUCAUAGAAAAGUAUCCAAAGAUUGGCCAGCUUGUUUCAGAACAAAGUACUCAUCAAAAUGAGCUCAAAGAACGUCAAGACAAUAUGGACCUUAAUGAAUGCAAAGAGGAAACUAAUUAGUGACCAUUGUAUUGUUGUAUAGGGAUUUAGCUUCUUGAAAGUGAUGAGAAGUGUAAAGUGAGAAAGUAAGAGUAUAUCUGUCAUUGAUGUGAAAUUAAUUAUGUUUACAAAAUACUUGAAUUCAAAUUAAGGGUGGAUAGAUUCUCACUUUCCACUUUUGACUUUAGAAGAGUAAAAUCCGUCGUUGUAUAGGUUGUGUAUAA